AUGGCAACAAAGGUGUCCGGAAUGCCGGCCUUCAUCACGGACAAGAACAAUCCGGUCGGCUACUGCGUGCAGGGUGCCAUUGAGUUUGGCAUGGAUUCACGCCGCUUGAUCCAACGCUGCACCAAGCCAGAUGCCAAGGAGUUCAAGAAGAUUGCAGUCGCCUGCGCCAUCGGCUUCUCCAUCAUGGGCUUCAUCGGCUACACAGUGAAGCUGGUCUUCAUCCCCAUCAACAACAUCAUUGUUGGCGGCAGCUAG